AUGUUGAGCUGGGACAUCUUGUUGCCCGUGAUCGCUUCCAUCGCAGGCUGCGCUAACCCGGCCAGCGAGUGGUCGUGGGGUAGAGCGUCCUACUCCAUGCUCAACUCAGUGCUGGGGAAGCGAAGGAACAUGCAGCAUGCGACUGAGAUCAUCGACUUGGAUGGCCCGUCGCACAGGGAAGCGAGGGACCCGUUCCCAGAGCGACGUGUGGUGCACGUGGAUAUGAACAAGGAAGCAAAGGAGGAGGCUCGAACGAAGUCAGCAGACAAGGAGAAGAAAGAGCCCAAGGGGAGAAAGAGCAGCCUCAGGUCAAAGGAGGAGGCAGGUGGAGCCUCCAGGGUCCAGCAAAACGAGGCAGGGGAGCUACAGCUAUACGUGUAA